AUGGGUGCCAAGGUACCGUACGUAGUGUUCGGGUACGGAUCUCUCAUCUUCAAGCCCCCGCCUCAUGUCAUUGCUCAAGUCCCCGGAUACUUGAAGGGCUACGUGCGGAGGUUCGCGCAGAAGUCGCAUGACCACCGCGGUACGCCAGAGAACCCAGGACGGGUGGUGACGCUCAUCCACAAGGAGGACUGGGACGCGUUCUCCGGAUCGGAUCCAUUCCCUGACGACGAUGUGGUCUGGGGCAUCGCGUACACGAUUGAUCCCCAGUACGAAUCUGAGGUCAGGGACUAUCUAGAUUACCGUGAAAAGGACGGCUAUACCCUAGAGCAACUAGAUGUGUACGGCGUGGAGCACGGCCAUGAGAAAGUCGUGAUACAGAACUGUUAUGUCGGUCAUAACGACAAUCCAUCGUUCAUUGGCUCGGAACCAAUCGACGCGCUGGGGGAACGAAUCUGGCAGUCUGUUGGCCCAUCAGGUAGAAACAAAGACUAUCUAUACGAGUUGUCAGCCGCCGUGAAGCGACUCGCGCCGGAGUCGCACGACUCUCAUCUGUUCGCGCUCGAGGUGAACUGGAUUUACAGUCUACUUGGACCGCGUCAUUCUCAUGCGCACGGUUACAGACUAGAUGUCGGGAGCUUGACGCGGAGAGGGGAGAUUACGGUAUUACGCAGAAUGGUAACAAACCAAGCGCAGCUGCGGCGCAAGAGGGAGAGAUCACGAAAUAGCAGUCUGUGGGCCGUUCGGGAUUUGCAUAUUGGAGCGCUUGCAUGGUAG